AGCCUCUUCUUCUGUUCCCCCCAAACUCUCUCUGAUCGUCAAACAAACCAAACGAAAUGGCUUCUUCUUCUUCUUCGUCGUCACGAGAAUUACAGAAAGAGUUGGAGGCGAAAGCCAAUGAUCUGAGCAAAAUCCAAAAGGACAUAUCGAAGAAUCAUCAAGUGAGAAAGAAGUACACCAUCCAGCUUGGUGAAAACGAGCUCGUUCUUAAGGAGUUGGAUCUGUUGAACGAGGAUGCAAAUGUCUACAAAUUAAUAGGACCGGUGCUCGUAAAGCAGGAUCUUGCAGAAGCCAAUGCAAAUGUUAAGAAGAGAAUUGAAUAUAUUUCAGCUGAAUUGAAACGUUUGGAUUCGACUCUCCAGGAUUUGGAGGAAAAGCAAAAUAGCAAGAAAGAGGCGAUUUUCAAGUUACAACAAAGGAUUCAGGCUGGAAAAGCUAAGGCUUAAUUUGCUUUGAUAUGAGAUGUGUACUUUUUUAAACUGCAAUUGCUUUCUUCUAUUGGAUUUUUGAAGGUGUACUCUUUUAAUUAAGAUACAUUUAGCAUUUGGGUCGGUUUUGAUCCGUUUAUCAUUUUUUUA